AUGCGCUCACUUCGGACAGCACUGGACAGCACAGGCACUGGGUGCUCCCCCUCCCCCCUUGCCCCCUCCUACGCCUUUGCUACUGCUGCUGACGUCCAUCGUGCAGAGGACGUCAGGGCUGCUUCUGCUAGUGCGAAGCACUGCAACAGUAAGGGUAAGGGUGGUGGCGGUGGCAGCGGGGGUGGUGGUGGGGGCAGCAGUGGAGGUGGUGGAGGCAGUGGAGGUGGUGGCGGUAGUGGGAGUGGUGGCGGGAGUGGGGGCUUUGGUGGAGGCGCUGGUGGCAGCAGUGGGGGUGGCGGUAGUGGCGGCAGUGGGAGUGGUGGGGGUCGGGCUGGAGCUACUCAGCGUGGAGGUUCUGGCGGUGGCCAGAGGUAG